CCUCAGUGCUGCGAUGGCAGGAGGCCUGAGGAAUGAUAAUGCAGGCGAUCCGUGCCAUCAGGUGACCUUUGGAGCAACAAGCUGCUCUGUUUUCAGAAAUGUUCCACCGAAUGUGACCCGAAGAAGCAAUGUCAUCAAUAAAAUGUGUUGUUAAAAAUUACUGCAACAUUUAAAGCAAAUGUUUAAAAAUCAGCUUCUGAAUUGUAAACAGAAAAGUUCCUCUGAAUCUUUUCUUCCUUCUCUUUAGACCAUCUUCCAGACCUGCAGCAUCUAAACUCUCCACCAUGGUUGUCCCAAAGCCACCAAAUAAGAAACAGUCUGAAAGUGGAAAAGACUCAAGCUUGUCCUUCAUGAAUCUCUCUGAUACUAUAAAACAUUUAAAUUAUGAUAAAAGUUCUUCAUCGACCGACGCGGUCAUCCUGUUCGAGCCUGGGGAAUCGGAUCCUCUGCUCUCCAACCGAGCCUCGACGGGAAAGGAUGCGGGCCGUCCAGCAGAACCCCUGUGCUCUAUGGUGCUGCAGAUCCUGGUGCCGUUUCUGCUGGCCGGGCUCGGGACGGUUUCUGCUGGGAUGCUGCUCGAUGUGGUUCAGAGCUGGGACGUGUUCCUGGACGUCACCGAGCUCUUCAUCCUGAUUCCUGCGGUUUUGGGCAUGAAGGGGAACCUGGAGAUGACUCUGGCUUCGAGGCUCUCCACCGCGGUAAAUGCAGGAAAAAUGGAAACUUCCAAGGAGAAGUGGGAGCUGAUCCUUGGAAACCUGGCACUAAAACAGCUUCAAGCGACUCUUCUGGGCCUCUUAGCUUCGUUCCUGGCGAUUCUCCUGGGCUGGAUGGCAGAAGGAGAGUUGUCCCUCAAACACGUUGUGUUGCUGUGCUCCACCAGUGUCUCGACAGCUUUCGUGGCCUCGCUGCUCCAAGGUGUCAUCAUGGUCGGAGUGAUCAUUGGCUGCAAGAGGAUGAACAUCAACCCGGACAAUGUGGCCACACCCAUGGCUGCCAGCUUCGGGGACCUCAUCACGCUGUCCUUACUGGCCUGUUUCAGUCACUGGUUCUACUCCUUCAUGGACUUCUACUCGUACGUGUUGUACCUGGUCAACCUGUCUUUCAUCUGUCUGAUCCCAGUCUGGGUGUCCGUCUCCUCCAAACACCCGGCCAGUCUCAUCCUGCUGCGGACGGGCUGGGAGCCCAUUGUUACGGCCAUGGUCAUCAGCAGUAUGGGAGGACUCAUUCUGGACAAAACUGUGUCCAAUCAGAAUUUGUCAGGAGUCCUACUUUACGCUCCGGUCAUCAACGGUGUCGGGGGAAACCUCGUCUCCAUACAAUCAAGUCGCAUUUCGACGAAUUUGCACCUGAACUUCCCCCCCGGGGAGCUCCCUGAGGAGCGCCGAGGCUGCUUCAACCCGUGCCGCAUCUUCUUUGGUCCAGGAGCAAACCACCAAUCAGCUCGGGUCCUGCUUCUCCUGGUGCUCCCUGGUCAGCUGCUCUUCUUGUUCACGAUUUACCUGAUGAAAGGAGGCCUGGCUGUCCCCAGUCUCCUCCUCACCCUCUUCUACUUGUCUGCAGCGCUCCUUCAGGUCUUCCUGCUGCUGUGUCUGGCCGACUGCAUGGUCCACCGUCUGUGGCGGCGGGGAAAAGACCCCGACUCCUACGCCAUACCGUACCUCACAGCCCUGGGCGACCUUCUGGGCACCGCUCUCACCUCCCUUGCCGUCUUCCUGCUGUGGUGCAUAGGCGACGCAGGCGGCCUGUAGAGUUAGGAAAGCUAAAGGCAUGAAGAAAGAGAGUCCAGAAUCUGACUUCUGCUGCUGCAGGAACAAAAACAGACAGCAUCCAAACCCCCAGACAGGACUGAACCCAGAAGAAGUAAACGCUCCUACGGUCCUGCUUAUGUGGUUCAUUCCACGUUCUGCUUAACCCUCGAUGUGAAGAUCUGAACAUCUAUAUCCCUCUGGUAACCCUCAGCUCUGCAAGAAAACGUCCAGUAGGAGCGUUAGCCUCAUGGGUUAAACUUCUUAAAGACUUUUGACUCCUGCGAGACGGAAUUUGAAGUUCAGGCCAACGAUCCAGAACCAGAAGCAGAAUCCUCAUGAGAGGAAACGUCCUCAAAGUGUGAUGGACUUUCAAAAGUUUCAUGUUUUUAUCAAAAGCCUCGUUUUAUCCCAGCACUUUUCUGUGUCUUUUUAAUUUUUGUUUAACUUUCAAACAACAGAUAAAUAAACAACAAAAGCAAAAAAACCCAAAAACAUGUUUUCCAGUGAAUAAAUGAAUGCUUGUUUGUUGGCACAUUUCUCUGCUACGUUCAUCAGUGAUGGCUCCUUAUGACAACUUUGAUUUGAUUUGCAACCUUAAAACUUGAUGUUGUAAAGGAUUAAAAAAGGAGAUUUUCUU